AUGUCAGACCAGGAUGAGGAUCCCUAUGCAGUCAGUUCAGAUUCGGAAGAUGAAGUCCAGGGGCCACCACCGAAAAUAAACAUCGAAGAACGUGCCGUUGCCGAUCUCACCAGCAUUAAGGCAGCAUUUACGGAGGCAAAAGAAGGUGAAACUGCUGUUACAGAUGCUGCACGACUAGAGGAAUUGAAGGAACUUGCUGCCAAAAAGGAACUUUCAAAAAUUAAAAAAGAAUUUCUAGAAGGUGAGGAAGUUUCAAUACAGUCUAGGAACACUGAACAGACCCAACAGUAUCUGAUGAGAUAG